AUGGCCAUCAAUAACUCAUCAAGGACUAAAAUCCUUUUCAUCACCCUCAUUCCCUUCCUUGUUUUAGCUCAAAAUGUAAACUCAGUUUCAUUCACAAUCAAUGAUUUUGAUUCAUACCAAAACAUCAUUCAACUCGAAGGCGACGCCUUCAUUUCAAGCGGCGCUGUCCACCUCACAGGCCUCGUCCCGAGCACCGCUGGUAGAGCCUCUUACACCGGACCAGUGCGUCUCUGGAACGCAGAUAAUGGCAACCUUGCAGCCUUCACUUCAAUCUUCUCUUUCGUAGUUGCACCAAACGGCCCCGGACUCAUUGGAGACGGAAUCACAUUCUUCGUUGCACCGUUCAAUUCCCACAUCCCAAACAAUUCAAGUGGUGGAUUCUUAGGACUAUUCGACUCCAAAACCGCUUUGAAUUCGUACCAAAACCAAAUUGUUGCUGUUGAAUUUGAUUCCUUUGGUGAGAAUCCUUGGGAUCCUAAUUAUUCUCAUGUUGGCAUUGAUGUGAACUCUAUUGCUUCGGUGACAACAGCGCCAUGGAAUACAGGAAGUGUUGCCAAUGGUUUCACUGCAAUUGCUGUUGUGAAAUAUGAGCCUGUGGCGAAAAAUUUAAGUGUUGUUGUAACAUACUCCGGAAGCUAUGGUGUGCAUGGAGCUUCAAGUAGUGUGUCUUUUUUGAUUGAUUUGAGGACUGUGUUACCUGAAUGGGUUAGAAUUGGAUUCUCUGGUGCUACUGGACAGUUAGUUGAAUUGCACAAGAUUCUUGAUUGGAGUUUUAUGUCAAGUUUCUACUGA